AGAUGUAACCUUCCAUGGUGCGCGAUACUCCUGCUUGUCCCUCUUUGUCCGGUGGCGACAGAAGGCCAUGAUAAUUAUGGCAAAAUUUGCGUUUUUGAAUGAAUUAUAGUUGAAUGGUGGAUCGUCAAGCAUACACCGUGUGAGGACUGGUUUGCUGGCAAUGACACACCAGAGAGUUUCAAUUUAAAGGACAGCAGAGCAAGCAACGGAGAAAGGUCAUAUUAGCUAAUGGCUGCCGAAUCGGGGAGACUACUGGCGGGACAAGGAAAACGAAGCAAAGCUUCACAGAUGAAGAGCCCGGAGAAGAAGAAGGCAAGGAAAUCAACUACUCAGGCGGCUGGGUUCUCCCACCUCACUGAGUUUGCACCCCCUCCUACCCCUAUGGUGGACCACCUGGUCGCUUCCAACCCCUUUGAUGAUGACUUUGGGCCCCCAUCCCGACCUAGUGGGGCAGGUGGACCAGGUGGUGCUCCGUUCCUUCCCAGCCCCGGCGCAGGCGGAGCAGGUGGGUAUGGAGGUGGAGGCAGAAUGGGCGGUGGCAUGGGCUUCAUGGGAGGCCCAGGAGGACCAGGCGGUGGCCAGCCUGGACGGAGGCCACCGUUUGGCCCUCCAUCCAACGCUGGACCUCACCACCAGCUAGGCUUUGGAGGAAUGCCUGGCUUCGGAGGUGGCGGUGGGGGCAGCAGCGGGGGAGGAGGAGGAGGCGGUGGAUUCCCCCCUGGUGGCCCCUCUCAGUUCAAUAUGCCGCCAAAUUUCAGUCCUCCUAUGCACCCUGGUCCAGGAUUCAAUCCCAUGUUGUCUCCUGGGGGUAUGGGAGGUCCAGGAGGAGGGGGGCCACCCCAUCCUCGGUUUGGCAUGCCUCCACAGCAGCAGCACGGACAGGGUGGACACCCAUUCAACAGCCCACCAUUACCUGGUGGUGGAGGCCCCAGAGGGCCCCCACAUGGCCCGCUGCCUCCUAUGGGGGGAGGCAUGGGUCCCGGGAUGAACAUGAUGGGUGGGAUGGGUGGUGGCCCUGGAGGCAACAUGGUGGGAGGUUUGCCAGGUAUGCCCCCUCAAGGACAGUUCCCUCCCUCACAGGAUGGCCCUUACCCUGGUCCCAGUCCGCCAGGGCCAGGCAACGAGGAUGGAAAAAACUUUGGUGGAGGAGGAGCACCGCCUGGGCCCCAGCAGCAGCAGCAGCAACAACAGCAGCAGCAACAGCUUAACCUAAAUCCCAACGGCCCCCCUCCUAAUAAUACAACUCCUGGCCCUCCUCCUAACUCUGGCCCACCACAGCCUGGGGGCGGCUUCCCUGGCCACCCUGACGUCCAGCAGCCCAACGCCAAUACACCCGGUCAGCCUCCCUCAGCACCACCACAGCCUAAUCCCAACUCCUCUCCGACUGGUCCACUGAAUGGAUCAGGCCAGCCCCAGCACCCACCACCCAAUCAGCUGCAGCCACCCAGCAAUACAAACACCCCGAACUCUAAUAAUUCUACCCAGCAGCAGCAGCAACAGUCCACUCCACCUAACUCUGCCCCUGGCUCCACGCCUUACAACCAGCAGAACAACACUCCUGGUGCUGGCGGUCAGAUGCCAAACGCGGCCCCCAGUUCAGGUCAGAACAACAUGACCAACAACAACGGAGGCAACACUCCCGGCAGCAACCCGAACCCCCCCUCUAACUCCACCUCAACCCCGAACACCCAGUCUCCCCUGCCCCCCGGCCCCGCCGCUCCCUCAACCGGGCCCGGCUCUGGCCCCGGAAAGCUCGGCGGCCCUGGCAUGGUCUUCCCCUGUGGCCUCUGCAUGGCGGAGGUGCACGACGACCAGGAUGCCAUUCUGUGCGAGGCAUCGUGCCAACGCUGGUUCCACCGUGACUGCACAGGCCUGACAGAGCCAGCGUACGGGCUGCUGACUCGGGAGAGCGCUGCCGUCUGGGCCUGUGACUUCUGCAUCAAGACCAAGGACAUCCAGGCUGUGUUUGUGCGCCAGGGAUUAGGCCAGCUGGUGGCAGCUAAUGAGAGUUGAGGAGUGGAAGGUGACGGAGCAGCAUGGAGGUGCGACACGUAAGGACAAAUAGAGACAUCUUUGUUCUGAUCUUACUGAGUGACCUGCGCGUCAAGUCAGCUACUUGCCCAGUUUUCUCUUGACUAGCCCUUUACUUGUUCACUACACAGAGAAACACACUCAUUGACAUUCAUGCUUAUAUAUAGCACUUUGAGUGACUCUAGGCAAAUGAUCCCCCCCCCCUUAUAGGAGUCAAAUCAUGAUGAAUGUUAAACUACACAGUCCUUCAGACAUCUAGCCUGCCAACCAGCAAAGCACUGACACCAACACACUACCUCACACACUUUGUGACUGACUGGCACGGAAGCUCCCACACUGACUGACUGUGAUUGACUCGCCACGCUUGUGCACCACAAGUGUGAUGAUAUUUCAGACACACACACACACACACAAAAACCCAUGUUAGGUGGGGAAAGAAAUUGUGAAACUGUCCCCUGCUGUUGGAUGUGACUCAAACUAUCAGCAGUACUCUUUUCAUGGCUUUAAAUCAAAACACACGAUACAUUCUUUAAAAAAAAAAUUGAAAGAGUCCCUCAAAUUUAAAAGGGAUUGGGAUUUCAUUCAUUCAUUCAUAGCUUUAUUUGCCACCAAAAUGCUUCAUUCUAACACUGCCCUAUCACAGUUAGCCUUUUAUUCUGGAGGCAAAUGAAAGAAAAUGGACAAAUACAUCAAUAUAGUGCAACGUAAACUGUCAGUAUCAGGCGUAUUGUGAAACUUAAAUGUCAAGUGAGAAAAAAAAUCAUUUUUUAACUUCUUUUGAUAAUUCCUGCACCUGCGUACAUGCAUAAACACACACACAUACACACUUUGUACUUCCCCGUACUUCUUAUAUCUGUCAUUUUGUACCCAGUGCUGAUUAAUCCAAAGGCUGAGAUUUCAUCCACACUUCACAGAGACAGGUUUUACCACCAAAAUAGUUGUAAAUAUUAGGCAAAACAUUUGUCUGGAACUCCCCCAUCAGUUGUGAACAUGCCGCAGAGUUGACCAAUGGACAAAAUAAUGAGUUGAACCUAUGUGUCUUGGUUGUAUACAGUAUGGCGUUUUGGUUUUUAUACAGUACAUUUGAGUCAAUGAUUUCUUUUUAUCUUUGCAGUACACAUGAAUUGUGAAAUCAGUGCUUUUGAAUGGUGUUGGCAUAGCAAGUAGUGACAUCAUGUCAUAUCAGAUGUGCAUAGUCCUUUUUUUAAAAAAAAAAAAAAAAAAAAAGAAGAGGGGAGGGGGGUGCAUGUGAACCAAUGCAGUAACUGUCUGAUCUGUUUAUGUUUAUAUUCUGGCCUCUGUGCUGCAAGAGGCCUUGAAGUAGACCAAAUAACUAAAGAGCGAAAAAUACCCAUUCUCACAUUUCUGUCACGGUAUAAGGUGUUUAUAACUAUCCUUCCUUCUCUCUUUCCUUAAUUUUUUCAUUUAUUCAAUGUCCGAGUUGCCUUUCUUUUCUUGCUCUCUCAGCUGUUCCUUUUUAUUUUGUACUGGUAUAUGUGCUGUGCUUUUGCUCUGCUCUGGCGCCUCCUGGUGGAACCUGGAGGAACCAGUGAGUCCCACGCCAUGUGGGGAAGGGAAAGGUACUGAACUCUGAAGUAAAGACAGAUUUUUUUUGUACUUGUUCAUGUCUGUUUUUAUUCCCAUUUUUAAAUUUCUUUGCUAAUUGUUGUAUUAAAAAUGAGGGUUGGAAAACCCAUUGAAACAGGACAA